AUGAUAUCAGUCAAUCAUGUUGGGAUUAGAACGGGGUUAACGCUCCUUUUUAUCAUAUCAUUAGUAUUUGCUUUUACUACUGAAGAAAUUGAAAUAUUCAGGCUACAGAAAGAAGUAGCAAAAAAAUAUGGGAAGGAUAUGGACUUUUAUAAGUUUUUGAAACUAUCUAAGAUGAAAGAUUCUACCUCUAAGGAAAUUUCCAAAAACUUGCGUAAGUUAUCCAAAAAGUAUCAUCCAGAUAAGAACAAGAAAUAUAGAAAACUUUAUGAACGUCUAAAUUUAGCCACACAAAUUCUGGCAGAUGAUACUCGUAGAAAGACAUAUGACUAUUAUUUGAAGAAUGGGUUUCCAGAUUACGAUUUUUCUAAAGGUGGGUUUUUCUUUCGUAGAGUCCAGCCAAAGACAUACGUUUUGUUUAUGUUUAUAUAUUUAGCUGCAAGUGUAAUCCAUUAUGGUAUUAUGGUUAUUCAAGCGAAGGGUAAUACAAGAAGAAUUAAUGAAUUUAUUGAAAGUUGUAAGGAACAAGAUGAUACAAGUGGGUUAGGUGAAAAAUAUUUGUUAUACAAAACUUCUGCAGAUGAUCCUGGCAAGCAGGUACAAAUUCGUUUUGGUGAUGUCUUUAUUAUCGAAGCUGAUGGCUCUCGCGCCUUAGUUACCCCAGAUAGUAUCCCAGCUCCUCAAGUUAAAGAUUGUAUGUUUUUUACCUUCCCAUACUGGAUGUGGUAUAUUACUAUUGGUAGAUUUUUUGAUACUGCAAAAUAUGGCAAGAAAUUGGGUAAGGCUUCGAAAUCAGAUGAAGCAAAAGUUAAAUCAAAUAAGAAAGGUAAGAAGAAAACUACAUAA